AGGACCAUAUGCAAUGUUGUUGCAACAAUCAAUUAUAGAUCCAGUUAGCCUCAGUUUACUAUCCCCUCCAGGUAAACUAACACAGGUACUAGAUAAGUAAGUGUUCCCUGUACGUACCCACAACAUCCAAAUCUUUUAGCUACAGUAGCUUGGCUACAAGAAGUUCUUCAGUAGAUCUAUGUGGUGUGCAACUUGGGAGGGCCUGCCUAAUUAGCGGACAUCUGUCCUUUGCAGCUGUGUAAAAACAAUUGCAACGCAUUUUCUUUUACGCGGCUGGUUGGAACUCAAUAAGCCCCAUAACUGUUACAGUCCAAGUUCUAACUUAGUAGUCUGCAGUCAAUCAGAACUCAGAUGCAUUUUCAGAAGCAAAAUGAUAACAGUAUCCAAACCGGAAACAGACUGUGUAGUGCAGGUGACGUAACAAGUUUAUAGCAGUCACCAGAGAUUCCAUUUGGAGGUCCCACGCAUUGCCUAUAAAAAACCCAGCAAUUUCUAUCUAUUUUCCAAUGGCAACACAAUCAGGAAGACAUAUAAGAAGUAUAGAAAAGUCAAUUGUGCUUUCCGUGAGAGAUUUCUUUGUGAAAGAAAAGGAGGAUGGCCCCAUCCUUCUGGACAAACCGAUCCAGAGAGUAGCAGAAGCAACAGGGAUGCACCAGAGAACAAUCUACAGAAUCUGCAGAGAACAUAGAGAUAAGGAACAUAUUGAAAGUCCAAGGAAGAGAGGGAGAAAAGAACACAGUGGACCAGUUAGAGAGUACACAGACAAUUUUCAAGAGGCUGUAAUCAGGAGAAGAAUUCAUAAAUUCUACACUGACAAAGUCUUCCCCACAUUAACACUACUCCAUGCUGCUCUAGUAGAAGAAGAGGAGUUUCCAUAUUCAAGGGCAAGUUUGCAUAGGAUCAUUAGCAGAAUGGGCUUUCGACAUAAAACUAUGAACAGAAAAAAAUGUUUAUACGAACAGCACCGCAUUGUGGCCUCACGAGCCCAAUACCUGAAAGAAAUCAAACGAUUUCGAUCAGAAGGUAGGCCUAUUAUCUACCUUGAUGAAACAUGGCUAAAUCAGCACCAUACAGUUGUGAGCAAGGUUGGAUUGAUGGAGCUGAACUGA